AUGAUUUCUGAACUUUUCUCGGGUCUUUCGCAAGACUUUGGACGUAUACUUGACAAUUCUGACGAUUACAACGUUAUAAUUGAAAUAGGUGAUGGACCAAAUGUAAAAAAAUUUCAAGCGCAUUCAGUUGUUCUUCGUGCUCGUUCUCCGUAUUUUCACACUGCCUUAUCUAGUGAUUGGGCAAGACGAGAAAAUGGAUAUAUUGUUUUCAAACAACUUGGUGUAUCAUCGACAGUUUUCAGUGCAAUAAUAAACGGAACAACGACUUUAGAUGAUGAUACUGAUAUUUUCGAACUGUUGGCAGCAGCGGAUCAAUUUUGUCUCAAUGAAUUGCUUAGUCACAUACAGGAUCAUCUCAUUUUAAAUAAGUCUGAAUGGAUACGACAAAAUCUUGUCAAAAUUUUACAUUUAUCAUUAAAGCACAAAACAUAUCAAGAACUCUAUAAUUUUUGUAAUCGGUUAAUUGUAGAAGAUGCACGAUCAUUAUUUGAAGCAAAAGAUUUUACAACUAUUCAUGAAGACGUUCUAGUUUCUGUAUUACAACGUGACGAUCUUGGAUUAAACGAAGCUCAGAUUUGGGAUAAAGUUAUUGAAUGGGGUAUUGCGAACACUACAAACAGAACAGCUUCCGAUGUCUCGAGUUGGCGUAAAGAAGAUUUCUCUGCAUUGCAAAAGACGAUUAGUCAAUUAAUUCCACUUAUAAGGCUUUUCCAAAUGACACCUGUCGACUAUUGUCAUAAAGUACGACCGUAUAAGCGACUUUUACCCAAAAACCUACAAGAAGAUCUCUUACAUUAUUAUCUUGCUAAUGACACGCCAAAAUCGACUACCGUACUUCCACCAAGAGUUGCCCCUAUUCAGAUUGAUUCUGUAAUAAUUGGACCUCAACAUACUGCUUUAAUUGCACGAUGGAUCGACAACGAAUCGGUUAUCAAGCAAGGUGUACAUUGUAACUUUUCGCUUCUUUUCAGAGCAAGUCGUGAUGGUUAUUCUAUAAAUGCAUUAAAACAGAAGUGCGCUGAUAAAGGGCCCGUAAUACUUGUUUUAAAGGUUCAAGAAUCAGGUAAAUUGAUUGGAGGAUACAAUUCUAUCGGUUGGAAGACGGAAAAACUUGGACCUGGGCAAGGAACAAGCGAUUGUUUUGUAUUCACCCUAGGAGACGGAAGAUCGCCCGAUGGCGCUAAAAUAGCACGAGUGACAUCUUCUGCUGCAAUUGAUAAAGACGUCGAUGAUUUAGCAUGGCAUGGGCCACGCUUUGGAAAAGGACCGGAUUUGUGGGUCCACAUGAACAGUGAUCAAAGUGGUGAGGCACGUAAAGUUACUUACGAAUCUAGUAUUAUGGAGACUGAAGGCAGAUUUCGAUGGACGGAUU